AUGUACGAAGAAACAGCAAUAUCUUUCAAUAACAACAGGUAUAUAGCCAAACAUCCACCGCUACCAACAAACAAAGCUGUUGCUUUCAGAAGGACUGAGAGUGUACUUAAACGUUUACAAAAGGAACCAAAAUUACUUUUAAAAUACGUAGAAAUAAUUAAUGAGCAGGAAAAGCGAGGGUUCAUUGAGAGAGUUGAUAACGAAGAAAUCAAACAAAAUAUCAAGCUGCAUUACCUACCACAUCACCCAGUAAAGAAGGAUUCAGUCACGACGCCAAUUAGGAUCGUAUAUGAUUGUAGUUGCAAACAGACACCAGAUAGUGCUAGCUUGAAUGACUGCUUACUGAAUGUACCGCCUAAAUUAAAUGAAGUAACCGCCAUACUACUCAGAUUCCGCUUGAAUAAGUAUGCAGUAUCUACAGACAUCGAAAAGGCGUUUCUAAAUGUUGGACUGGACAUUGAGGACUGGGACGUAACUAGGUUUUUCUGGUUGAGUAAACCAACAGACCCAAACAGCGAUUUAACAACAUACAGUUUCAAGUCCGUACUAUUUGGUGCUACAUGCUCGCCAUUUAUAUUGAACGCCGUAUUAUCAAAGCACUUGAAUAACCAUCCAUUUGAUUUCACUGAAAAACUAACCAAAGAUUUAUAUGUAGAUAACAUUGUAUCAAGCUUUGAAUCAGAAGAAGAACUGUUGAAAUACUUUAAACUCGUUCGUAGUCUAUUUGCAGAUGGAGGAUUUAAUUUGCGCUCAUGGGCCUCCAACAGUCAACUAUUACAAGUAUUAGCAAGAACCGUAAAUGUUAUGGACAAGGAUCAACUAGUUAAAAUCUUAGGAUUACGAUGGGAUAUAGCCAGUGACACAUUAGGAUUCGUUACAGUUAAUACAUACAUCAGAACUAAUAACAAAACGCGAAGUACUAAGACAAUCAUCAAGGAUUUAUGA